AUGGAAAGGGCAGUGCGGUUUGAAAACAAGGAGGACUCGGAAAAUGAGGAGAACAUUGCGUCUAAAGUUCCCCGAAAAUCCCAACAUGCGUUGCAUAGUUGUAAUAGCACUAAAAAAGAAGCUAAACCAAAGAUUAAAUUCAAAGAAGGAAAUUCAAAGUCCGAAAGCGUGGAAUCAUUGGGAAGGUGGAGAGCUGUGUCCAAGCAAAUUCGCAACGCCGUGACGGUGAAAAACGCCGUCAAACCGUCUCGUUCUCGACGGCGCUCAACGUGGAAGUCGCCAAGCACUGUGGACCCCUUUCUUCAGAAAUUUAGCACGAGGGAUAAUAGAAAAGUAAGUCCGCCGGAUCGCAAGAAAUCCAAAGCCAGUAAAAGUUCUUCUACAGAUAAUGUGCUACCAAAAACGGACGAUAACAACGAUGCUGGUUCUACGACAAUUGAAAUUGACAAGGAACUUGAUAGCGAAUUAACAAGCGGCUCGAUUUAUGAAUAUGACCAUGCUGGGCUCUGGAAAGACAAGAGAAUUGUUUUUGAUCCCGAUGGUAUACACAUUUGUGUUUGGUUUUACGUUCUUGUUUUUGCUAUUCGCUAUAAUUUGUGGGCUUUGAUAGUGAGGAUAGCUUUCCCUGAAGCCCAGACUGGCUGGCUCAAGAUAGCGUGGUUUCUACUGGAUUACUUCUGCGAUGCAAUUUACGCCUUAGAUAUCGCUAUUUCUGCUAGAACAGGCUAUCUGGAGGAAGGAAUUCUUGUAACAGAUCCAAAACUAGUAUGUAUGCGGUAUAUUCGCUCUGCUGAAUUUUUCGCUGAUGUCGCAUCGUUACUUCCUACAGAUAUUUUAUAUGCGGCCUUCGGACCGCUUCCCCACCUAAGAAUCAACCGAAUUAUCAAAGCAUAUAAGAGCUUUCGGAUUAAAUCCGUAAUGGAGUCACUUGCUAACUAUCCGACUUUUUUACGUGUCUUUUUUCUCAUGCAUUUAAUGUUUCUUUUGAUACACUGGAACGCUGGAUUCUACAUCAUGGUAUCACGAUUUGAGGGAUUUGGCUCCAAUGCUUGGGUCUAUGAAGGCAACGGGUCACUAUAUCAGCAAUAUCUACAAUCAUUUUACUGGUCAACACUGACCCUUACAGCUAUAGGGGACCUACCUAAGCCAGCUACAAAUCUAGAGUAAGUCUGUUUAUAUUUUGUCUUGUAAUUUAUGCAGCCUGAUGGGUUUUAUAGCCUGUUAUGAAGUAGCAGGUUUCAAUAGCGGAUUUGUUUAUUUGUUGAACCUAGUAGGUGAACAAGGUGAAAAUGAGAAUCUACAAAAGGAUAAAACUCCUUCGUUUUCUUAAAAAUAAGCGCCCAAUUGAGCAUUGGUUUGAAAACGCGCUUUGUUGGAAAAGUUAAAUAUAUUGUAUUCAGUCAGAUCAUAAUAUAUAUAUAUAUAUUUAUUUUUUUUCUGUCAGAAGAGCUUAAGAUUGUUAAUAGUACUUUGCAUAAUUUUAGUAUUCUCGAUUAGCACAUCAGCGCAGAGAAUCUGCGAUAAAAAUAGAAAAACCGACGAGGAUUUUUUACAUUUUACAUGUACUGUGCUCUGCUAGUAACUCGAAUAAUAAAAAAAUCAGAGUAAAUGAUAUAAAGUCGACUGCGAAAAAUAAAAAAAAAUUUGAUAUGUUUUUCUUUUUAAUUGAACUUGAAUAUUUCAAAAGCUAUUAGCUCUACCACUGAAUAUUAUUGUAUUUAAAACUACUGAUUGUAAAAAGAAAAGAAAAAGGAAAGAAAAAAAAUUCGAAUUGCGAUCUAUCCUUUUUUUAGCUUUUAAUUUUCGAUCAAGUGAGUCGGAAAUGAACUUUAUUAAGCGAGUUUUACCCGUGUCCUUAAUUUGACUUGUUUUUGCCUAAGGGACUAAAAGCGCUUCCGUAAAAUUUAAACCGAUGGAAAUGAAUUCUUGCUGCGUCAUUAUACGUUUUAUGCCAAUAACAUUUAACGAGUUUUUACUUGAAAAGGCUUUCUCCGAUGAAUAGCUUUUAGCUGUCAGGACCCGUAAACGCUUAGUUUAUACAUAAAAAGCUUUCGAAAGUAUGAAAUUUGCCUCGUUUAUUAUUACAAACCCCUGAAAUUCUCGAAUCAGCUGUCGAAUACAUACGGCAAGGUGAUCGAGUCUUUUCUAAAGCACGAGACUAAAAGCUUAAAAUGGUGGCGUUUGUGAAUUUGAAAAACAGUAACAGCGAAAGUACUAUCAAGGAGGCAAAAUCGAAAAUCAAAUGCAUAAUUGGUUUCCUCAGUUUAUUGUUUACGGUUAAAUUAAAUGUCAGAUAUUUUUCGAUGCAAUAAAAAUAAAAGCCGUAUUUUCAGCCUUAGUAGUGAGAAGCCAUUUUAUUUUUCGGCUUAGAAGUCUUUCGCAUUCAAGCUAUCCUGCUUGUGUUAAAAAGGUUUUCUCGUGAGUAGAAUGCUUCAAUUUGGGCGAUUUUCACUUCCCCGUACUCCAACCUCUAAGAACCUCUUUGACGUUUGCUUAAUAUUAAUUUCAGCCCUUGUCAGAUUUUCGAAGAGCCACGUCAAUCAUUUUCUUUUAACUUGUAUUUUAUUCAAAUUUUGAACGGAGCAAAUUUUGAAUGAGUUGUAAAUGUACCCAUUAGCGAAGCAGGUGUUUGUCACGGUUUGUAUAAAGUACGGACCUUAAUACUUAUUUCUUUAAGCUACACUUUACUGCUGUACUGUUUCACUCAUUAGGUUUGCGUCUUUUUCCUUUUAAUUUAGUUUCUUUACUUUAAAAUUUUUUUUUUUUUCUAUAUAUAUUAUUUUCAGCCCGCUGUGAAAGAAGAAAAUGGUUUUGAAUAGUUAAAAGAACACGUAUUUGUAAUUAUUAUUUUUUUGUAAAUAAAUAAAAAAUUAAUUAAAAAAAAUAAAAUAAAGCACGGACUUUAAGUCUUUUAAAUCGUUUCUGUUUGAUUUGCUCAAUUGCAAGCUAAGCGUAAAGAAAUGUUUUACAGCAAAAACUGUCUGAUCAAAAACUGUCUAUCUUGCUGUAAGCAAAACGCUGGAAUAAAGGGCUUUUAGUGUAUCUUUAUCGUCUACAAUAUAUCUACUUUGAGGCCUGGUCCUACCCCUAGUGCCAGAAGCAAACGGCAAGUUAGACGAGGCCAGGAGACAAGGCCAAAGUUAAUAUUCUCAGCAGAAAAAAUAAAGCAGGAGCUAGCGUCCUUCGACACAUUUUAAAAUCCCUUCAAGCAGUCUGCCAUUAGUCUUUGACAGGUACCUACAAUUGGCGACAAAAUGUUUGGGACACUAUCCUCACACUCGAAGAAAAAAGCGAUCUCCAGCCCUUCUCUUUACCCUCCAUUCAAAGUUGAGGUUUUUGUUGUUUCUUACAGGUAGCUCGAACAGUGGCAAAACAUUCCUUUCAGGGGACUGGGGAGGGGAAAGCUUUAUUUUCCCUUCUUCGAAGUCGGAAAAAGGUCACUAAGGCCCUUUAAGGCUAAGAGUCUUAACUAAUUUUGUCGCCAAUUGUGGUUACCUGGUCUAAGCUCUAAGUUUUUAAGUACAGUUAGUACUCUGCUCCAGGUGUUUUAAAAGGACACUCAGGUUUUCCCUAAUACUGGUACUUAAAGGGCUAAGGGAGUCUUUAGGAGUUGGUCAUGGUGUGUAUAACUAGAUUUGUGCCACUGAAACAAGACCCUGCUGCACAUACGGUUCAGUAUAAACCUCAAAAUGCAAGUAAUUAUUAUAAUUUCCUUUCUUAUUUCCCAGAUACGUUUACACCAUUGCUUGUUAUUUGACUGGUGUGUUUAUGUUUGCUACCAUUGUUGGUAAGUAUCAUAUGGGAAAUGUUUUGUCUUUUAUAAUUCCUUGUUUAAUUGACCUGAGAGUGAGGUACGAAAAUAUAGGGUUUUAGAUAUGCGAAAUUCAAGUGAAACAUGCAUUUUCCCCAGUCAUUGCGAUCAGCUUACUCAUGGACCAGAAAAACAAUUAUUUUUUUCCUGCCGUAUUUUAGGAAACGCAGGAAGUAUCAUCGUCAACAGAAAUGCAGUCAGGAUGGAUUUCGAAAAACAAAGGGUUUGUUUCCACUUCUCCUCUUGCUGCUAUUUGCAUUUUGUUGUCGUUGUUGUUUUUCUCAUCUUCUCAAGGCAUUUUUUAUUUACUUUGGCAUUUUUAAUUUUGGUCAGAAAUUGCGGUUUGAUGAUGAUGAUGAUGAGGUUUCAAAUCUUUAAAAGCACCGUCGUCCUUUUUCAGAAGGCCGGGGCUAACCCUUUCUUACAAACAUUGAACAAGCGCGACUCAAGCCGGUUUAGGUUCUCAUAUGCAUUUUCGCUGCUUUUAUUGACCCUGCACAGUUUGUGAAAAUGUGUUGUUUAUAGGUGCAGAAGCUUUUAAGAAUUUGAAAUUUUGCUUAAAAUGAUGAUGCAAUGUUAGUGGACAAAUAAAGCCAAAUGAAUUAAUUCUAAUGAAUAUUGAUGAAUUUUGGACUUUUAAUAAAGCCUGAUUUCGAUAACACAGCGCUUAAACUUGCUGGUGAUGAUUUUGUUUCUUUUUCGUCUUCGGCAGGAAAACACCAAACAGUACAUGAAAAAACAUCAUGUUCCAAAGGAUUUACAGAGGCGGGUGGUUAUGUGGUAUGACUAUUCCUGGGCAAGGUAACAACUAACACGUGACAUUUCAUUUCAUGAUCAGGCGACAACCAAGCCUAUCUAAAUCCCCUCCCCCCCCCCCCCCCUCCCCACCUCUUUUGCCCUAAAGUGUCUUGUAAAGGAUUUCGCUUUGGAGAGUUUUCAUCCCUGGCCAGUCGAUGUAGCCAAGAGAAUUACAUAGCCUGCAACUUGGAUCACAUCAGUUACUCGACUUACUCUAAAUGUAAUGAUAACUAUAAUUUCAAGAAAAAUGUCACGUGAUAAAACACUGAAGUCAAGUGACGUGUCUAAGAUCACCUAACAAAUUCGAUUAGUUGAGAAAGUCGUCGCAAAUGGGAGUAUUAACGUUUUUCAUGGACUCUGAUCGAACAAAAAAUUUUAAUAAAAAGGCUUACUAUAAAUUUGUCUUGAAAGUACAUAGUAUUUGUAGCAAUCUAAUACCCUCAGGGCAAUGAAUUGUGCAAACAUUAAACAAGAAAUACAGCAGAUAAUGUUGCAAGUGAUAAUAGUGGGCAAGUCUUGUUUUCUGAUGUGAUGCAGGUUAUUUAGCCAUUGAAUGUACAUGUCGUAAUGGAUAAGUAAACCCCUUAGACUUCUACUCAUGUUUGAUCACAUGAAUGAACAAUGGAAUGAAACUGCGGUUUGACGGCGAGUAAUACUCCGUGUCCGUUUGUAAUGACUUAAUAAUAAUUGUAUUAAUUCCUGCAAGCUUUAUGUUAGUUUUUGUGACCCGAAUUGUGUCCGAAGUGUUCGAUAGGAUGCGAAUAUUAAAAAAAUUGCCAUGAUCCACAGGUCUAGUUUUGAUUUGACUUUCUUUUCAGAGGUCGGAUGAGUACUGGCGGAGGGGACUUGAACUCUCUUACUUUGCUUCCAAAUAAACUGAAAACUGAAAUCGCUUUACAUGUGAAUCUUGAGACACUGAGAAAGGUAAAAAGUAGGUGUAUGAUGUUUAGUUACUCAGGGUAUGAAAUUCAUCUUGUCAAGAAUGGUUUUAAAAAAAGUGCAUUUUCACUUUGUUUUUCGUCGGGUCAUUAGGCAGACUUUUCUUUCCUUUGAAUAUUAGUUUUUUCACAUGCUAAACUAUACUCUGAAGGGUUGAUUAAAAGGAGAAUGAUCCUUGAUCGAGUACAUAAUUUCCAUGGAAUCAGAACACCUAACCCAACGUUCACACUAACGUCUCACUGGGAAAAAUUUGGGGUUAGGGUUUGGUAGUUGGGGAAUUUCACGUACCAACCUAAAAAACCUUUCGCGCAUGAGUAUUCAAAAUUGUGACCUUUUUAGAGGUCCUUUUUAGAGGACAAUACUUAGCAAUUAAAACGCGAGCUAGAAUAACAAUUCUCAGAAAGUUAUUUAUUCUACUCUGCUUAACACUAGGGAAUUAAUCGUUAAUUCAGUGUGGGUUUGAGUCCUUGAGCAAUUUGAUUUUUGUCUUUUUGUUUUUCUCACCAGGUGACCUUCCUGCAGAAAUGCCAACCUGAAUUUUUACACGAUCUCGUUCUGAAAAUGAAAUUACGAAUUUUCACUCCAGGUGACCUCGUUUGCAGAAAGGGCGAGGUUGCACGAGAGAUGUAUGUCAUAAUAGAUGGAAAGAUCGAGGUUAUAGGGUAGGACGACUUCAUUCGAUUAUUUUUAGCUUCAUUGAAAAUAGAUAAGGGAUCGAAGGUGAUUCAUUUUCUUUUAAAUUUAUAGAUUAUUCUUGAUUUCAAUUGUUUAUGACAAGCAUUUCAUUACAGGGAUCAAGGUCAGGUACUUAAAGUGUUAUCUGGAGGAGAUUUCUUUGGGGAGAUUGGAAUACUCAGUUUGAGUGAAGGUCAAAACAGGUGAGAUUAACCCUUAAAGCCCCGAUAUCCACAUACAAAUUCUCCAAACUGAUCUUCAUACAUUUCCUUAAAGAAUUAGUUGACAGAAUUUGAUAACAGAUCAAAGCAUUUUCUCUUUAGUGAUCAUUUUAUUAAUUCUCAUAACAAUUUCUCUUGGCAACAUAUGGAUAUUGUUAGGAGAAAAUUGAUGUUGAUAAAUAUUGGGACUUAAAGGGUUAUAAAUAAAAGAAAGAACUUUUAACCUAGCUUACAACAGAAACUGAUUUCCCAGUGAGGAAACGUAGAUUUUCACUUAUUAAAGUGAGACGGUGUAAGACCCUCUUUCCAUCGUUCAAGGCAUUCCUGAAAAAGAAUGCUUCUGUCCAUAUUACCGCCCAAUACAAUUUCUUUAGUGAUGUCAAAACCAUUAGGAUACCACGGACUAGUCGACAAAAAAAAUGUAACAAACCUGAAAUUUUAUUUCUGGUGUUUCUGAUAGCUUGCGAGCAUGGAAAAUAAGUUUUUGUUCUCUUAUGCGGAUGCGUAAACAUGCCAGGGGGAAGUCUGUUUCCGCUGGAAAAGCCAAUCUUUUUCUUGAAAACACAUUCAGCUUUUGAAAACAACGUGACACAGGUACAUCUGCAGAUACCUAGUAGAUCCUAGUAGAAAAAGCGUGUCUCGCCGGCUACCAAGGAACCGAAUGGGAAACCUAUUUUGACUCCAGUCUUCGUUUAAAUUUGUGGGUUUAAGAACAUUCUGCGUUAUUUUUAGACGAACAGCUGAUGUGAGGACAAUAGGAUACGUGGAGUGCUUUGUUCUUUCAAAAGAGGAUGUCUUGUCUGCUAUCAGAGACUACCCUGAGGCUCAGGUAACAAGAGAUUAAAAUAUAAAGGGUUUCGUUAAUCAUUUGUGUCACGAUUGUCACAUAGAUAUUGAUCGCGACGUUUCGACCGCGUACUGUAAGUUUCAUCAGGCGAUAGUGUCGAUUUACUGAAAGGAACCAUUUAUACCACCAUGGUUGUUAGUGACUGGUGUAUCACAAACCUCGCCCAAAGAAAUAUCGACAGACGUCUGAGUUCCAGUGUUGUUUUAGUUUAUCCGAUCAGUAUCAUGGAGAUUAUGCCGAAUUAGAAGCAAAAAAACUAAAAUUAGUUUCUUCUACCACUUUUACAUAUGAAUUGCUUCCCGGCAGAGUUACAUGAUGUCAACCAAAUUCGUUUGAAGGUAAUAUAGAAGUAUAGGGCACUUCGAAUUAACCUUUUUGGGCAGGAGUCUCAUUAACUUGCGGGAAAGUGCGGGGGAAUCUCAAUAAGAUAACGUAAUGUUCUAUUUUAGGAGGUUUAACGGGUUUGGCAGGUUCCCAAGUUAUUUCUAGGUCGAUGAAUGUCUUAAUUAGUUUUCGAUUCGUUGAUUGAAAAAAAAAACAAGAGAAGCAUAUGUUCAUCUCUUGAUGCUUGUUAUCGAGGGAAAAUUCGGUGUCCCCUAUACUACUUGCUAUCAGUCGGCUUGCGUAUAAGCAUAACCCCACCCCCUCCAAAAACGCUUAUUGAUUGUGCGCGGAUCACGUCAUUGAUGGGCUUAUGUACUCUUCAAUAGCUGAUAAGGUGAUACUCGGUCAAAAAACGCAAACGUUUCGGGUUUAUGACCCUUUUUCAGUUCUUCUAUUCUUCCCUGCUUUCGAAUUUAAAUAUAGCGAUUUGAGACAAAAAACAGCUAGAACACAUGUUCAAGUCAUGUGCGCAAGAGACCAUAAAAACGGUCUUGUGCUCUUAAAGUUUAAUGCCGUACGUCUUUCUUGCAGCUGUAAAGGAAACGUUUUCUCCAGUUGUAAAAAGCCCCUGGACCGUGACUGCAGUUUACCCCAACCUCAUCUGGGCUGGGAUUUGUUUCUACCCAAUAUCAAGAACUCCUUUAUAAGUAAAAAUUAUCACUAUUAGCGACUAUUAAAUCAUGUCUCAUUCUAGGCAGUCCUUGCCGACUAUGGUAAAAAACGCCUGGAACGACAAAAUAGUUCACAAGAUCCUCGUCUCGUGGACAUGGAAGACAAUGACAAAGAGAGAGAAAACUACAGCCCAGAUAUCAUUGAUGCCGCGAGCAGUCCUAGCAUACUGAAAAGAGAUUCAUUACAAAGUUUGACACACAACAAGAAACGUAACUCAGAUUCAAUGAUCAACUUUCUUCCAAAUGGACAUUGUAAACGAAAAUCGCUGACGCUAGAGCCAAUUUCCCAGCGGUCAGGACGUUCGGUGUUCCUGGAGCCUAUCCCCCAGAAGUUACGUGGAGGAAGACGGGUGUCUAACGACACAGUAAUACAGUCAGCGCAAACUGCUUCCAAAAGCGAUUCUGAGGUUAGCAGCAACAGCGACGAGCUUAUAGCGAAGAUGUUUAGAAAUACAUGUACAGAGGCCCUAACCUUUCUUAAGAAGGUUUUUGACGAGAAAUUAGUAAGUAUCUAGCUCGGUAUGACAGUUUUAAAUGCUUAAAGGGGCUUUCUUAGUGUUGAAUAGGGGGCCUUUAUUAGCUUCAAAUUAGGUCCCUCCUGAUCCUUUUUUACAGUGCAACUGGAGGGGUCAAAAGUAACGAUUCAGAACGAGCCGAGUCACUCUCUCACAGACGAGUCACAGGGCGAAGUAUAAAAAGCCCCCUGUAUCCAUCGCUUUCAGUAAUUGACCGUAAAAUUAAAUUCUAUGACUGACUUCGCAACCGGAUAAGAUGGUGCUAUUCUGACCGCCCGAUUUUGUCCCGCGAGAAAAAAUUCUCUUGGCCAUGUAUUCAUCUAUGAAUCCUUUAUUGUCCAAGCUUGCCAGUCCAAAUAACUAGAUAUUUGCCUUGCUCGGUUUUUUGAGCUUUUAAUGACCUCGACUUCGUCUCGGUCCAAAAAAGGCAAAAACAUAAAAAAAGAACCAUGCCAGAUCCAACCAUCUUGGUCUCAAGCUUUCAAAAUAACGCAUAUUAAAGUGAGUACUUUUAAGUUAUUUCCUCUGCUUUGCCUCACAAUAACGUAAUAGCCGUUGGUCACUUUUUGAAAUAAAAAGCGUAAAUUCCUUUGUAUGUUUUCUAUCUCAUUUUAGGCAAAAGAAGUAAAAAACAACAACACGAUGCUCAAAAAUAUGGAAGAAGAAUCAAAACAAAAAGACGAGAGAAUCUCUCAUCUCAGAGAUUGUUUAAGAAUAGCGGUAAGUGAAAACAAUACUCGUGUCAUGCUGGCAGCAAUAUUUCAAUUGGAAUAUAAAAAAUUGCAAUAUUUUAUGUCCUGUCAUAUGGUUUAUUUUUAAAGCAAAUUGGUUAAAUUUACUGGCUAUAAACAUGAAGUUACAGCAGGCGAAUUGUUUGUCGACUCAUUUUUUGGGCAGAGAGAAGCGAAAACUGGAACUGUACGUCUGCGUUCGCAGGCUUGGCGCGUCAAACAAUUUUGGUAAUGAAAUCGGGGUCUUUCUUUCUUAUUUAGUCUUUGACUUUUUGGUAUGAGUGAAAACGCACCCAGAGUUAACUUAGGCAGGGGAUCGGGGAGAAUAUCGAUUUUUGUCAUGAAAUUUAUUGUUCAUCGUGCGUAAUGUGUAUAAAGGGUUUUGUUUGUUGUUUGUCUCACGAUCAUCACUUAGAUCGUUUCGACCGCGACCCGUACUGUAGGUCUUCAUAUGGCGAUAAUGUUGAUUUACUGAGUAGCACUAUGUGCACCACCGCGGUUGUUGGUGAUUAGUGUAUCACGAACCUCGCUCAUGGUUGGUGGGUUUCGAUUCAAAACAUUGUUGGCAUUAUUAGAAGAGGAAACUGUUCCCUCAGCGGCCCGUUGUGGUAGCGAUCCACUGUUCUAAUUUUCGUUUGACUCCUACAUGAUAUCGCUGCGGCUUUUAAUACUAAAUAGUGAGGUUAAAGAAAUGGCAGCCUCAUCAUCUUGCAAUGUUGAUAAUGCCGCGUCCAUUCCGUUGCAGGAGAAAGAACUGGAUGAAUGUAGAAGGAGAGUGAAAGAGCUGGAGGCAGAAAAUUAUAUUAAUGAACAGACGAUACGGAAACUACAGGACCAAUCAGAGGUGAUUAGACAGAUUGUUAUUCUGACCACAGCAUGUCGCGUCAUAGCCGUAGCCACAGGGAAACCUCUUACCUUUGCCUCAGGGUAUCUUAUUUUUCCGUCCCCUGGCUGGGAACCCCCUUCAAUUCAUAUACACUAAUUCCCCCUGUGGAUUCGAGACAUGAACACUGACCCGACUUAGAGAGGUUUCCGCCUAUUUUGUGUCGCAAUGAGAGCUGAAGUGUGGAAAAACAAUUAUAUGGCCUGGAUUAUGCUCGUCUGAGAGCUGUUUUUCUCUUGAUUUCGACUCUUCAUUUUUCAGUUCCCAGGAUGUCCAAAAAACGGGUAGAGAAGCGAUGAAACAGUACUUAAACACUGUAAGUUUGCAGAGCAAAGAGACUCGGUGACAAUAGGCACUUGCACUUGCACUCCGUUGCUAUGGUAUCGCAUGCCUCAAUCACGUGCACAAUACGUAGUAUAGACUUAAUGCCAGCCCUUCUCUCUAAAAAUAAAAAUCAAAGAAUUCAGCUAAUUAUAUGUUCUCGCUAUGCUCGGAUUGUGAAACUGGGCACUACCAUCUCGUCAAAAAAUAAUCAACCAGGGGUACCUUGGGCUUCUUGAGGUUGACAGUUAUUUGCCGAAGUGAACUAAAUACGGCUUUUUAUGACUGGUGUCUGAAAGCAACUAUUUUCUUGCUGCUCCUCAAAGCUAACCUGUCGUCCUUUUCUAGUAUAGUUCAAAAGUCUGUGACUUGCCAUCGGAAUGCUUUUAAAUUCAUGUUUACUUCGAAACACUCAUCCGCAAUAUUUUACCGCAAGAUUCUGUGAAAAAACUGAAUAGCUCAUAGGCUGUCCUGACCCCCUCUUGCUGACCGAAACAGCCACUGGUGUCUCGGCUCACCCCGAGAAAGAAAUACAGCGGAACCUCUCCUUUGGGACACCUUCAUUCAACUGAUACAAAACUCAAUCCCGGAAAAAUUUUCACAUAAUCUUUGUAUUUGUUACCUCUGUUGAAGGGACACCUCUAUUCAGGGGAAAGGGUCCCAAAACAGGGGACACCGUAGCUCUCAAACUUGACUGACCACACUGAAAUAGGGUUGAUUUAAUUGUACACUACUUAUCUCACAUAAAUCGACGUACUGCACUUCUGGGAAUUAAACACACAGUAUCGCAAAGAUAAGUUAACUAUGAUUUAUUGCACAUUUUCAGUAUAGCUGCAUGAAAUAAUGACUGCAGGGGAUUAUGAGGCAUAAUAAAACAUACAUUUUUUUGUUGAUUACUUAUUAACAAAUCCCGGCCCAAUAUACAUUCAUGGGAGACUCUUGCCUUGGUCCCUAGGCUGUCCCCUGAAUAAAGGUUCCACUGUAACUCGUGCAUCUGUUAAAAACACCUUUCAUAGCGAGGCAUCUUACACGCAGGCAUUCAAGUCUAAAUAUUAGAAGCUUCUUUUAAGCGGUGUUGUGCCGUUUCUUUACUUUACUGUUAAGGUAUGUCGACUAUAUCACUUUUUAGGAUGGAAGUCACAAAUCAUCAAGAUCAAGAACCAUAAGUAGUACAGUGAGUUCAUCUUCGUUGAUUUAUGAGAGAGACACGUACUGCUGACUCAAGUAAUGGAAACACUGGCGCUUAUCUUCUGAACAUUCAUUGCACGUCCCAGUUUUCCAGUGGGACUUUUCGCCACUUGCAGAAGAUUAUAAAGCAUUACGAUCAAAAGCCGGAUCAUGUGUCUUACAAUUUAUAGACCCACACACGACCGAUAUAGUGACCGAAAUGUCGAACGACAGUCGACCGGGAUAUCAGCCAAUACAUUGGUGAACGCCACCUGUAAGACUCAUGAUCGCAGAAGCCUUCGAUAUUAACAAGAUUCUUUACAGUUGGUAAAUUAUAAUUAGCUCGCCACUCUGAUCCACUCUCUAAAUCUUUGAUCUUUUAUUUAUUGCUUAAUCAGUAUCUUAAUAAUCAUUGAAUUAUUUAUUUCAUAAAUUGACGCAUUCACGCAUGAAGAAGGGUUUCUUGGCAUUUCCUUCUCUUCACAGUACAAAAAUUUCAGCAGCGCUAAAAAGCUGUGGGGCGGGCAUGUACAGAGUUAAACAUCAUUGGUUCCUUUUUAAAAAAUAGUGAAUCAUAAUUUUAUCUUAAAGGUUUCACUUAAGUUGCUAAACGUUUGAAGUUGAGUCGUUAUAUGGUGUAAAAAAUUAUUACUACACGGCAGAACUCC